CGUCACUUGUUAAUCUGUCUGAUCUAAACGAUAAUGUUUGGAAGACUAUGUUGCGCUCUCCGACCUAUGGGCGUUGAUGGCUUCGCGAUGCACGCGGGGCUCGGACAUCGGGUGCUGGACGAAGAGGAAUUCGAGAACAAUUAUUACGGUGAACAGAAGCUCAUGGAAGGCGCGCUCAUUAAGCUGGGGGACUACGCGCACUAUCGGUACUUCCAGCUCUUUCGCAGUGGACGCUUCUGCUACUACGAAUUGCCCACACCGGCGGUGACAGCCGAGGGAGUUCGAAGAGUUCACCUUACAUCGAAACAUCAACGUGGCAUCAUGAUGCUCCACGCACCGACUCAGGUUAAAGACUUAACCAAGAAUGAAGAAGAAUACGAGGCCUAUCUGUUUAAACGCGGGCUCGUGUUUAACCGCAAGAAGCUCGAGAUGCAACUCACGGGAUAUUCGCCAUCCGGUCAACUAUUGUCCUGGAAAGUUCGAGCCAGCAGGGAUACCGUGUAUCUGAAGUGGGAGCGUGCCUUUCGCCUUGCACUUCGACCGAUUUGGGUGCCAAACUCCAACCAUUGCAUGGUCUGUAAGAAGGACUUUACCUUCUUCACCCGCCCACAUCACUGCCGUAAGUGCGGGACGUGUAUGUGCGAUGAAUGUACAGUGUUCGCCCCGCGGUUACCAUUGCAAGGCUACUACGAUGAAGUGCGUACCUGUAGAGACUGUUCCCCCAUCAGCAUUCCGUGCUCGUCGCUAAAACAGGGUACUCGAGUCCUUGUAUACGGCAUUUUGAUCGGCCGUGUGGUGCAAGUGAACGUUUCUGAAGGUACUGAAGGUAGGACGCUUGUAAAUGUGGAGCUGGAGAAACAGAACAACGAGGUGCGGAGCUUUGUACUGCAGCAUGUUCAGCUAUACUCAGACGCGGUGUUAUCGGCGAACCGGAUCAAGAACGCAAUUCGACAGCAUCUAGCGUACUCAGUGUUCCGAACUCGUCUCAAUUUUAACACUUGGAACAUGUUGGAAGCGAUGCAGGAGCAGCGGACAAUGCAAAUGAUGCGGUUCGUAAAGAAGUCGAUGAGUAUUAGCGAACUACACUCCAUGGUGCCAUUACUCAUCUCGCUAAAUACUCUUGACGGGGUCGUUCUGGAAAGAGAGCGUGUUAAAGCUUCGCUCACUCAUUACCGCGGAGUUCGUGUCCUGUUCCCUUUGCGACUCAUCACAGUGAAAAGGUUAAUUAACCAGUUCCGCAAUGGUAUUUUAUUACAUCCUGUCUUCGUUCGGCGCAUCCUGGACGAGGCGGGAAAGCUAUUCCGAACACACCACGAGUCACCUAUGAACUCGGUUGAUAUCCCUCCUGGAGUAAGAAUGAUUGUCGUCGGAGACCUUCACGGGCAAUUAGAGGAUUUGUUAACAAUUAUGGAGAAGAACGGCAUACCAAGCAACAAAACGUGGUAUCUUUUCAACGGAGACUUUGUGGAUCGUGGAGCGCACGGGGUAGAGAUUAUGUUGUUGCUACUUGCGUUCAAGCUGUUGUAUGCUGAAUUCGUUUUUCUGAACCGUGGAAACCACGAAGAGCGUAUGAUUAACGAAGUGUUUGGGUUCCAAGCCGAGGUUUAUUCCAAGUACGGUAGUGGUUGGAGUGGUCUGGGGUCAUCAGUCAACUACUCGGCAUCGAAACUCUUCCAAAUGUUCGAGACGGUCUUCGAUUUGUUUCCAGUGUUUGCGCUAGUAAAUAAGUGUAUCUUCGUUGUUCACGGUGGUUUGAGUAACCACAAGAAUGUCACGAUUGAGGAGCUACUCCAGCUAGACCACCGAGGUGAGCCGACGCAGGGAACGAGUCGUGCGGAUGAGCUGCUGAUGCAUCUUUUGUGGAGUGAUCCAUGCGAAGAAGACGGAUGGAAGCCUUCGAGUCGAGGUGCUGGCGUGGAGUUUGGUCCUGAUAUCACCAAAGCGUUUUGCAAAAGGAACGGGGUUAGUCUCAUUAUCCGAUCUCACGAGUGUCGAGAAGAAGGGUUCGACAUCGUUCAUGACGGCCUUCUGUUGACCGUGUUUUCGGCCUCGAACUACUGUGGCUCUCAAACCAACAAGGGAGCCUAUGUUCUUCUGGAACGUGGAGAAAGAAACGAGAUACAGCCGCGCGUGGUGCAGUUUUCAUCGCAACCGCUGCAACAACUGAAAGCUGCGGGGAGGAACGAAUGGCGAGAAAAAGCUCGGCGUUUGGAGCGGCAAACGGUGGAAUCUCUCCAGCAGAUUAUCUGCGAGAAUCAGUAUGCACUUUUGGUCUCGUUCCAGCAGGCGGAUGAUACACGCUGUGGGCGCAUUUCGAAGAUUUCUUGGAAGUCAAUCAUGCAAAGAGUUCUGGGGAUCCAUACAAAAUUGCUCUCGUACUUCCGUCAACUAGGUGCAGAAUCUGAAAAGGGUGGCGUCGAUUAUCUCACAUUUCUCUCGAAAGCGCAGUAUGCUGUCGAGUCUUUUGCAGUGGAGGCCAACGGUGUAUGAAGUGAUCCUCAAAAGUAUUGUAUUGCUGCCCCAGAGAUUCCAUGAAGGCCUUGCUUUUGAUAACGUUUUUCAGAUCACGCUUGGACGUGGAUCAUUAAAGCCAUAAUCUCUCCUCUGGCACCACAUUGACAUCGACAAACGGUAUCAUGUUCUGUGCUGCACAUGCCCCUCGUUAAGUUGACACUAAUUUGAAUGGAUAAUUUUUGGUGUUUCGUAAAAUAUACAAUAGUUUUUAUC